GUGCGAUUUUCAUAAAACAGUCUUUCGUCUCUCUUUUUGGUUUCCCAAGCUCGAGUACUCUCGUGUUUCUUGCCCGUCUUGUCAGUGCACCUAGUGUGAAGUGAUGUCCAUGGUUGAUUAUUGUUGAGGGCUACACUACCAUGGUCAGGCUGCUAGUCUCGUCCACCACGUCCUUGUUGAGAAGUAGAACAGAGUGAUCGUUCCGUAAUUGUAACCCACUCAGGUGCCGUGCACCAAUUCAGAUUACUUCACCGGUGCACCUGUACUGUGCACCUGUAAUCAUGGUAAUCCCGCAUGCCGCACUGCACUGCACUGCAACAUAGGUGUUCCGCGAAACCGGUACAGACAAAUGUCGUUGUUUGAACGAUUCUCAGCUAGCAGCUACGCUCAACACGCUCAGCUACCGUACCCAUCAUGCUAGCGAUAGUGGAGGAGUUCUCCUGCGUCGGCAUGCUCGCAGGCAAACUCGUUCACAAAGACGUGCCGACGACCAUUCGAGUCGUCGUUUCGUCUGCUGAAAUAAAAGCAAACAUCGCGUGCAAAUGACGCCUGAGUCAGUGAGUGGAGACUAGCUUUGCUGGACGAAUAAUUAUCCACAUUCAACCUGGUAGUUUUCGCUUUAUGGAGACAUGGCGUACCGUGUUCAAAGCAACAAUUCGUUUACGUUGCAUGUGGCAGAGUUGCUUGAAACUGGUAGCCAGGACCUGGGCUCGCGAAGUGACGAAGGUGCCUUGCUGUUACCGUCGUUGGAGAGGAAAGACUCCCCCGGCUAUGCUGUGACAUCAUCAGCCUGGGACAAGAGCACAUCGCGAUCAAACUGCACGGCGUCGCUAGGAAAGCAAGGUAGCAAGGAGACAUUUGUAACGUGCAGCAGCAGCAGCAGCAGCUGCGGCGGCAGCAGCAGCAGCAGCAGCACAGAUAAACCGUUGACUUCAGAUCAGCAUGAUUGCAAGGAAGACGUGGAGAAAAAGCUGAAGUUCUGCCAAGCACAGGUCUAUAUCACUACUGUUCUCGUUUGGGUGUUUGGAGUGACAAGUUUGAGUGUGGGCGUAUGGCUGAGGCUGUUUGCCAUGAAGGAUGUGACAAUCAUCGUGUCAAACAUCGAUCUAACACUGCGUAUCCUGCUGGGGAUGGGGUUCUCCGUGGCCACAUUAGCGCUUCUGGGAUUUGCUACUAUCUUAUGGCAAAAGCGAUUACUUGUCGUGAUUCACACUGUGGUGAUGAGCCUGUCACUGAUCCUGUCGCUAUUCCUAGUCUACAAGUCUCUAGUACCAGUCGCUCAACACGGUGUGGAAACAUACUACCUUGCUGCCAUGGAAACGUACGACACUAAAGUUCAUGUCCACAAUGCCAUUGAUCAUGUACAGAGUAAUUUUGAAUGCUGUGGAGCUGUAAGUCCUAGCGACUGGGAGGAUGUGUCCUCCAAUUCCACACACCAGCUGGAUGUGGAAGCAUUUCCGGCAAGUUGUUGUGUGGAAACGUCUUCUAUCAUCAACAGUCACCCACCUAGGCACCGCUGUACUGCCACUGGAGGAACCAGUCAUGCUGACAAACAUGCUGACGAUGGCACUCUGCAUUAUACAAAGGGCUGCUCCAGCCAGCUACGGCAUUACAUCAAGCGAUAUUUUAUUUUGAUUUCGUUCCAAGCCCUUCUGAUCAGUGUUUGCUUGGUCUGGCACAUUCUCGUUUUGGAGCGUUACUCAAGUCUUCUUCAUCGUCGUCAUGAAGUCAAGAUCAGUACUUGUACAUUACCAUCUCCACAAGCCGUCUAACACACCCACUGUGAUCAACCACCUCCUCUAAUUUCUAGUGAUGAAGAAGCUAGACAUUCGACCACUAAUGACCCAUGCUGCCACUGCCGCUGCUGCUGCCACCGCCGCGGCUGCUGCGGCAGUGGCUGCCGCUCUUGCUCUUGUCACUGCUGCCACCGCCGCUUCUGCUGCCGCUGCUGCUGCUGCGGUAGUGGCUGCCGCUCUUGUUCUUGUCACUGCUGCCACCGCCGCUUCUGCUGCCGCCGCGGCUGCUGCGGCAGUGGCUGCCGCUCUUGUUGUUGUCACUGCUGCCAUAUUGCAUGCACUGCUUUUACGUUUUUUCCAGAAAAGUUGAAUUGGUGAUUUCAGGCUGAUGUGGCUGAUGUAGCGAUCCGGGGUAGAGUUCUACCGGUUUGUUGUCAUGGCAAUGUAGAAAAUACCAUGUGUGCAUGUUGUCAUGACAAUACGGUUUUCCUGUUUCAAUCCUACCGUUUGUCUUCCCUUUGUGAACUGAUCAUUAUACAAUUAAAAUUGAA